AUGUCAAAACGAAUAUACCAACGAGAACAGCAACAACCUGACGACUUGAACUCCAUAUCAUCUUCGUCAGUAUCGCUUACAUUGACAGAAUCAACACCGUUGAUCGGAAAACAGCAGGACCAUUUAGAGGAUCAUACAACUGUGCAACAAGAAUUCAAAUGGUUGAUUUUCAACAGCUUGCCCAUUAUCGGAACUUACUUGUUACAGAACUCGUUUCAAUUAGCAAGUAUCUUUACAUUAGGACACCUCGGCUCUGUGGAAUUAGGAGCCUCUGCUCUGGCUUCAAUGUUUGUAAACGUAUCUGCGUGGAGCAUCGCUUACGGCACAACAACCGCAUUAGAUACCUUAUGUAGCCAAGCAUGGACUGGAGCAAGGGAUAAAACAGUCAUUGGCGUACAUCUACAAAGGGCUUAUCUUGUGUUGGCGCUGUUAUUUGUUCCCAUUGCCUGUGUAUGGCUAAAUGCCACUCCCAUCAUGCUAAAAUUCAAUCAGGAUCCUGAACUGGCUGAAUUUGCAGGCCUCUUUCUCAGAUAUCUUCUCCCUGGUGCACCUGCUUACAUUGCUUUCGAAGCGACAAAGAGAUAUCUUCAAGCACAGGGAAUCAUGCAUGCCUCGACCUACUCCAUGCUGGUUACUGCUCCUCUCAAUUUCGUCCUGAAUUACAUGUUUGUUUAUACUUUUGGUAUGGGAUUCAUCGGUGCCCCAUUAGCAACAAGUUUCAGCUACUGGCUCAUGUUUCUGCUGCUCUUAGCAUACAUCAGGUUUGUCAAAGGCAGCGAAGGCUGGGGAGGAUGGUCUCGUGAAUGUUUGAAGGGCUGGUGGCCUUUUAUCAAGUUGGCUAGCAGCGGUAUUGUCAUUAUUUGUGCCGAAUGGACAGCAUUUGAAGUAUCGUCGUUGGCAGCAAGCUAUUUGGGUACCACUGAUCUGGCUGCACAAAGCAUUCUACUGACACUUAGUUCAGCAACAUACACUAUACCCAUGGGUAUCGCAGUAGCAGCAACAAACCGAGUCGGCAAUGCACUCGGCGGCAGUUUCUCUUACAGAGCUCGCAUUGCAUCUCAUACAGCACUCUUGUUUGCUAUCGUAUUUGGAUUGAUCAACUCGACAUUCUUCCUGGUCACUCGUACUCGCUUAGGUUAUUUGUUUAGUUCGGAUCCUGAUGUCAUUGAUAUGGUAGCUCGGGUGUUACCAUUGUGUGCGAUUUUUCAAGUAACUGAUGGUAUUGCAUCCGUCGGCGGUGGCGUUAUUCGUGGUCUCGGCAGACAGAGUGUAGCAGCAUGGAUCAAUCUAAUUGCAUACUAUCUCAUCGCUCUACCAUUCGGCUUUUAUUUGACCUUCAAGCUCAAUUGGGCACUCAUGGGCUUAUGGACUGGCUUGUCUGUGGCUCUCUUCUUGGUCGCUGCUGGCGAAGUGUCCUUCUUGUAUUCCGUCAACUGGUAUAACGAGGUGAAAAGAACUCAACUGCGCUGCAGAAUGGACGACGAUAAGUUAGUGGAUACCACUGAUCAAACACGCCAUUUAGAAGUUUAG